AUGAAUGCAUACCAUUCAGACACGAACUGCUGUGAGCUGAACAGUGCCGUUCCGCACUGCUCACAGCCUGCCUCUCGUCCACGCACACUGCUCCCCCUUCCUGCCUCACGUGCUCCCAUGCCCUCAUUCUCCCUCAUUCUCCGGCCCCACAUGCUCUCCCAGCUGGACGACAAGGCGCUGCUCACAGCCUGCCUCUCGUCCACGCACACUGCUCCCCCUUCCUGCCUCACAUGCUCCCAUGCCCUCAUUCUCCGGCCCCACACGCUCUCCCAGCUGGACGACCAUCCACUGCUUGCAGCCUGCUCCCAUGGGCUCUUUCAAGCUGUCUCGUGCCCCCUUGCCCUCCUGCCACAUGCCCUCCCCUCCCCUUAUGCUCUCAUUCCCCAUCAGCUGGACGAUGACACGCUACUCACAGCCUGCUCCGAUGGGCUCAUUCGAGUCCUGGACGAUGACACGCUACUCACAGCGUGCUCCGAUGGGCUCAUUCGAGUCGUCUCUGUCUUUCCAAACCUUAGGAAGGUUGGUUGGGAUUGA